CACACCCUCAGUAUUUUAAGUGAAGACUGAGCUCAUGAGUUCUUAACAUCUUUGUUCCCACCCGCUCGCAACAAUCUCAGGUCAUCCGAGAUGAGUACGUCCAUGUCCGCGACACACUGGGGUUCCCCUAUUGCUCCCAAACGCGCUCUGCUCAUCCAUGGGCUGACUAUGUCCUCGCAAUCAUGGGAGGGCAUUGCUCAGCUAUUAGUAGCAGAAGGUUAUUCAGGGUUCUUCGUCGUCGCGCCAAAUCUUCUCGGGCAUGCAUGGAGACGAGGAGGUGAUUAUCGUGUGUCCACCCUUGCAGAGGACCUUCGACCGUAUUUCGCCGUGGACAUGUCCUACGACGUAAUUAUAGGACAUUCUCUUGGGGGCAUAGUGGCUGUAUCGCUCUUCCCAUUCUUACCCAAGACAAAAGAAACCACCGUCAUACUCGCUGAUCCCCCCCUCGAGCUUACGGUGGAGCAAUUCCAACAGGGCAAAAACAGCACAUGGCUGAGAACUCUGCUUGGUCUCGAGGGUGACAGCAUGCUAAGAGCGCUAGGAGUCUACAUGUGCGAUCGCACCGUCGUCAAAGGGAUAUUUGAGCAUAACAAGCCAUAUGCUUUCGGCGGCCGGUUGAAAAACAUCCCGCCUCACGUGAAGGUCGCCUUGUUGGUAUCUGAUCCGGGGUUUGGGUCUGUUUGUCAUUUGGAGCGCAUCCCUGUUGACGAGGCGAGAUUGAAUGUAAAAGUUCUUAACGGAAUUGGUCACUGGAUCCAAUACGAGCUUCCGAGUGCUAUCAUGGAUGAAAUUCCCCUACCAAGAGCAAAACUGUUUACGGUGUAUGAGCACUAUUUAGUCCAUGAUAAUGUCACAAGAAAUACCAGCAUAGAGUGA